GAUUGCGGCUCAACUUGCGAAGGGGCGGUUAGGCGGAAGAGGGUCCUUGUUCGUCAGAGCUCUGAGUUUCUGUUUGCUCCUUCGGCCUUCAAGUUGGAUGGCCGGCUUUUCUUUUGUGCGUGAACCGCUACUUGAGAAAUGGUCGCUUUCCCCUAGUCUAGACACGAGGCUGUAAAGCGCUGCCGCUGCCGCUGCUGCUUGCAGUGGGGUGUGCCACACAUGGUCGGCUUCGCUCCUGGGGGAUGAUGGGGUUGAUGAUACUCUCCUGGCAAGCCUUUCACCACAGAGAUUCAGCUCAGCUUUAAACAUCAGUAGUAAAAGUGCAAGCAUUGGAAUAAGACUUUUGCAAAACAACAUUGUGGAGCAUGGAUUCUCUAUCAGAAGAAUUUUUUACAAGUAGGGAUCCAACUGUGGAGGAGCAGACUAAGGAAGAAAUCAAGAAUAAGGUAGAAAAAUCUACUGACCAACUGGGUAAACAGGAAAAGGACACACCUACUGAUCUUGUCCCUGUUAACUUACUAUUGGAAGUAAAGAAAUUAUUGAAUGCAAUUAAUACUCUACCAAAAGGUGUGGUCCCUCAUGUUAAGAAGUUCUUACAAGAAAAUUUUUCCUUCCAAAUUAUGCAGAGAGAAGUUGCAGCUAACAGCCAGAAUGGGGAGGAAGUUGUUCCUGUUCUGACUUUACGUUUCUUGAUAACACAACUGGAAGCAGCGCUUAGGAACAUUCAGGCUACUAAUUAUACUGCACAUCAGAUUAAUAUUGGUUAUUAUUUGACAUUACUGUUUUUGUAUGGAGUAGCACUUACUGAAAGAGGAAAGAAAGAGGAUUACACAGAAGCAGAGAAUAAAUUUCUAGUGAUGAAGAUGGUGAUCCAAGAGAAUGAAAUUUGUGAGAACUUUAUGUCUUUAGUUUAUUUUGGACGUGGUUUGCUUCGUUGUGCUCAGAAGAGAUAUAAUGGAGGACUGCUAGAGUUUCAUAAAAGCUUACAAGAAAUAGGAGAUACAAAUGAUCAUUGGUUUGACAUAGAUCCUACAGAAGAUGAAGAUUUACCUACAACUUUUAAAGAUCUUCUUAAUGAUUUUAUCAAGACAACAGAAAAUAAUAUAAUGAAGCAGACCAUAUGCAGUUAUCUAGAUUGUGAACGAUCUUGUGAAGCUGACAUUUUAAAGAACACCAAUUACAAGGGAUUUUUUCAAUUAAUGUGCAGUAAAAGCUGCUGUGUUUAUUUCCAUAAAAUUUGUUGGAAAAAGUUCAAGAAUUUAAAAUAUCCAGGUGAAAAUGAUCAGACCUUUAGUGGGAAAAAAUGUUUGAAGGAAGGAUGUACAGGUGACAUGGUAAGGAUGCUACAAUGUGAUGUACCUGGAAUUGUUAAAAUUUUGUUUGAAGUUGUGAGAAAGGAUGAAUAUAUAACCAUUGAAAAUUUAGGAGCAAGUUAUAAAAAGUUAAUGUCUCUGAAAAUCACUGAUACUGAUAUAAGACCGAAGAUCAGUUUAAAAUUUAGUACAAAAGAUGAAAUGCCUAUCUUCAAACUUGAUUAUAAUUAUUUCUAUCACCUGCUUCAUAUAAUUAUCAUUUCUGGUACUGACAUUGUCCGGCAAAUAUUUGAUGAGGCUAUGCCACCCCCUCUUUUGAAAAAAGAGCUUCUUAUACACAAGAAUGUGCUGGAACCCUACUACAACCAUCUUUGGACCAAUCACCCUAUGGGUGGAGCAUGGCAUCUGCUUUAUCCCCCAAACAAGGAGCCACCACAGUCCAAACAGUUUGACUUGUACCUCCUCUUAGCUCUCAUAAAACAUUUGAAUGUAUUCCCUGCACCCAAAAAAGGCUGGAAUAUGGAACCACCAUCUUCUGAUCUCUCUAAGUCUGCAGACAUCUUGAGGCUGUGCAAAUACAGGGAUAUCCUCCUUAGUGAGAUUUUGAUGAAUGGUCUCACUGAGUCACAAUUCAAUUCAAUUUGGAAAAAAGUUUCAGAUAUUCUUCUGCGCCUUGGGAUGAAGCAAGAGGAUAUCGAGAAAGUGAAGGAGAAUCCCAUUGAGAAUAUCUCCCUCGAUUACCAUCAACUGUCCAUCUACCUAGGCAUACCAGUACCAGAAAUCAUCCAGAGGAUGUUAUCCUGCUAUCAACAAGGAAUUGCUCUACAGUCAAUAACGGGCAGUCAACGUAUUGAAAUAGAAGAGUUACAGAAUGAGGAAGAAGAACUAAGUCCACCCCUCAUGGAGUACAAUAUAAAUGUGAAAUCAAACCCUGAAAUACAGUUAGCAGAAAUGAAUAAAGAUGGAGCGUCGAUACCCAGUGAAUCUUCAACAGAAUCUAUUAAAGAUCUCCAGGAAGUUAAGAGUAAACCAAAGAAAAAGAAAAAGACUAAGAAUAAAAAGAAUAAGGAAUCAAAAGAAGAACAAGUCCCAACUAUGAUAGGAAAGGAAGAGCAGUUGAAGAAAGAGCAAGCAAAUCAACACCCAGUCAGUGGAUUUAUGAAAGAUGAUGCAAGUGAUAUUCAAGAGGAUUCUGCAACUGAAGACAAGUUCUAUAGCCUGGAUGAAUUGCAUAUUCUGGACAUGAUAGAGCAGGGCUCAACCAGUAAAGUAACUGCAGAAUAUGGAGAAACUGAGAAGGAAAAGCUUGCUCGGCAGCGGCAGCUAUAUAAAUUGCACUAUCAAUGUGAAGAUUUCAAAAGACAGUUGAAAACAGUGACUUUUCGGUGGCAAGAAAACCAAAUGCAGAUUAAGAAGAAAGACAAAAUCAUUGCAUCUCUGAACCAACAGGUGGCUUUUGGAAUCAAUAAGGUAUCCAAAUUACAGCGUCAGAGCCAUGCUAAAGAUAAUGAAAUCAAGAAUCUUAAAGAGCAACUUUCCAUGAAAAGAUCUCAGUGGGAAAUGGAGAAGCAUAAUCUGGAAAGCACAAUUAAAACAUACUUAAGCAAACUGAAUGCAGAAACUAGCAGAGCUUUAACAGCUGAGGUGUAUUUCUUACAGUGUCGUAGAGAUUUUGGUUUGCUUCAUCUAGAGCAGACUGAAAAGGAAUGCCUCAGUCAGCUUGCCAGGGUGACUCACAUGGCGGCAAGCAAUCUGGAAUCACUUCAAUUAAAGGCUGCAGUAGAGAGUUGGAAUGCCAUCGUAACAGAUGUUAGAAACAAGAUUGCAUUCCUCAGGACACAGUACAAUGAACAAAUUAACAAGGUGAAGCAAGGGUUUGCCUUGAGUACCCUGCCUCCAGUCCAACUUCCUCCACCACCACCUAGUCCUGAGAUACUGAUGCAGCAGUUCUUGGGAAGACCCCUUGUGAAAGAAUCUUUCUUUAGACCCAUACUUACUGUUCCUCAGAUGCCUGCUGUUUGCCCUGGUGUCAUCUCUGCGCCUGGCCAGCCUAGAGCUCCCCUGAUGACUGGUAUAGCCUGGACUGUGCCAGCACCUGUGGGAGAGGCUGUGUCUCCCAGUGCAAGUCUGGGAAGUGAUCCCCCCAUGAUGAAUUGGGAGAGGAUUACAGACAGGCUGAAAACUGCUUUUCCACAACAAACCAGGAAGGAGCUUACGGAUUUCUUACGGAAAUUGAAGGACAUUCAUGGGAAGUCCUUAUCUGGACUGACAUUUGAUGAAAUUGUGUACAAGAUUUCCCAGUUUAUUGACCCCAAGAGAUCACAGAGCCAAGGAAAAUCUGUACCAAAUGGUAACUGUGUUUCACCCAGCCACACUCCUCCACAGUCUAAUACUGCCCAGCCCCCAAAACCAGCUUGGAGGCCCCUCAGUUCACAAGGGCCUGCCUCAUGGGAAGGAGCCAAUAAUUUGGAUGAUGAGGAGGAAGAAGAGGAACCUUGUGUGAUCUGUCAUGAGAAUCUCUCUCCAGAAAACCUUUCUGUUUUGCCUUGUGCUCACAAAUUCCAUUCUCAGUGCAUUAGACCUUGGCUGAUGCAACAGGGGACAUGCCCAACCUGCAGACUCCAUGUUUUGUUACCAGAAGAAUUUCCGGGUCACCCCAGCCGGCACUUGCCCAAGAUCUGAUCCAAGGGAGUGAUUAUGCAAAGGAAAUUCAGUUAUCAGGUUCCAGAAUUUAGUUUUGCCUUUUAUUAUGAGCUAAUAGUGUGAGUGGUGUGAAGCAGUGUGCUCUUUAGUAUUGUACAAAAGAAGCUAGCUAAUCUCAUCAAAGCUGUAGCCAAAGAGGACGGGACAAAUCUUCAGGACCUAGAGCUGAACUGAAAGGGCUUAAAUUUUAAAAGUUACAUAUAUUUGCCCCUAUCUUAGUAAGCAUCUUCUUCCAGUGUAAACAUCAUUAUUAGCACAUAUCUUAGGAUGUUUUUGUCUUUUUCCUUCUUAUUCCAUUUAUCCUUUACUGUCACCCAAUAUAGGCUACAUUUUAACUUCCUGAAAUCAAUUUAAGAGGAAAGUAGGAUAGCAGACAAGUAGGAAAAUUCCAGAUUUUAUUUUUCCGUUUAACUUUUAAAACUGCUUACAAAAUACAUAAUUGAAAUACUUAAAUUUUUAUCCCUAUCUUCCCCAUUCUUCUCUGGCCUCUAAAUAUGUGCCCAUGAAAGAGAUUAUGAGCGACUUGAGGGUGUGGACCAUACAGUGGUGUGUUGGAGCUUAGCUAAUAAUAGUUUGUGAGAAGUGACUGUUGAAGUUUCAGGAAUUUUGUGAGCCAGUGAUCAAAUUGUUCAUAGCUUGAAAUCUGCAUAGUGGGAGUAUUUACACCAUAGAAAUUUGUAAAUGUUUUAAGUCAGGGCUUCUCUUCCCAAGAACUUGUUGUUAAACAUUUACCAGUACACCACUGGGACCAUGUCUGAUCCUCCUAUGUGUUCUCAAUGCCUUGCACAGUAGGUGUAGCACAAAUAGUCCCAGAAUCAGAAAUCAGGAAAUAGAAAUGAGUUAAUAUGUAAAUUAAGUCACUUGCUCAGUUGAAUAAUUGAGAUCUUAUGUUCAUUUGUUAACAUUGUCAUUGGACCUUACACUUGAAGGAUUUUUUUUCUGCCUUAAAAGUUUCUUAAUUUCACUUUGUCAUGCUGCAGGGUGUGGGGGACUGUACGUAGAUGCUUCUUAUGACAAAGUUAAUAUUCACUGGGCUAAGCUGCUAUCUAAAGCUUGUCAGUAGGAACUUUCUUAGAGGUCAAAAACCUAUUUUGAAAAUAGUAUUGUGUAAAUGCUGUAAGUGUUGUACAUGUCUUUAGUUAAAAAAAUCUAAAUUCAGUUACCAUGUAAGAUGUUACUUGGUUCAUAUUUGUUUCCAUAAAUUAAUGAAA